AUGGCAACCGAGACAAUCACCCGCCCGGCAUUCUUGUCCCUCCCCAAAUGGAACCAGGUUCCGGAGACGAAACAUGAAUUGGACUGGGCCGACUUGGUUACCCUCGACCUCAGCAAGUUUGAUCAGCCGGGAGGUAAACAAGAAUUGGCUGCGCAGCUCUUUGAUGCCGUCAACAGAAUAGGUUUCUUCUACAUCGUCAACUUUGGCCUCACGCAGGAAGAGGUGGACCGCCAAUUCAGCCUGUGCAAGCAGGUCUUCAACCUCCCCACCGACGAAAAGAUCAAGUACCGCGCCGACCUCGAGAACGGGGGCUACAACGGGUACAAGCCCCUGGGGAUCCGCGAGAUCAAGAACGGCAUCAAGGACAACACCGAGAUCUACAACAUCCCCAAGUUCAUCGCGCAGUACGAGCGCGAGCACCCGGCCAUCAUCCAGGAGCACUGGGACGAGAUCCAGUACUUUGCCAAACACAUCCACUUCCAGAUUGUGCGCAAGCUGCUCGUGCUCUUUGCCCUGGUGCUGGAGUUGCCCGAGGACUACUUUUUGAACCUCCACCGCUAUGACGAGAAGAGCGACUGCCACUUCCGAUACAUGAAGUACCAGUACGUUGAGAAUCUCUGCCCCUGUAUAUCAAAUUUGAGAGCCGAUAUUGACAUGUUUCCAAACAGCCAUCGGUCGCCCGAGGUCAACAAGGAGCUGGAUAAUGUCUGGGUCAAGGGACAUACCGACUUUGGAAGUUUGACCCUACUUUUCAGACAGCCCGUGGCGGCCCUACAGGUGCGCACACCCGAAGGGGAGUGGAAAUACGUCAAGCCAUACCCGGAGAGCAUCACGGUCAACAUCGCCGACGUGCUGCAAUUCCUGACCAACGGGUUCCUCAAGUCGAGCAUCCACCGGGUGGUGGCGCCGCCGCCGGACCAGGCCGACGUCGACCGCCACGGCGUGCUGUACUUUGUGCGGCCCGAGGACAAGACGGAGCUCGUGCCCAUCCAGGGCAGCCCCGUGCUGGAGCGCCUCGGGUACGACAAGGCCCUCGACCCGGCCACCGUGGGCUUGACCGCCGGCGAGUGGGUGAAGGCGCGGGUGGCCAAGAACGUCAGCCGCGUCGGCGUUGAGGAGGAGAGUAUCAUCAAGGGUGUCAAGGCCAAGUAUUAUGACUAG